GCCGACAGUUUGAACUACCAAGAGCAAUUACGCAGGCAGACCAUUCUCAACUCAUUGGAGAACAGAGACUACUUGUUGGUGAUUGCGUCGCAACAGCAGAAGUCUGUGCUGCAGGUGAAGUACGAAUUGAUGAUGAAGUUAACGGAAGGCUGA